AUGGCACCGGGCACGCAGGAUGACUAUCCAGUGGAGAAUGUAGUGAUCAGCACCGGUGACUACAUCUUCGCGAGGUCCUUGCAGCAGGGCCAGUUCCGGUCGGUCUGGGAACAAUUGGCCGCCCAAGGCACGGAGGUGACGCAGAAGCUGAGUUUGAACUUUAAGACGCUCGAAUCGGGCGUCGAGUGGAUCAUUGCGACCCUGAAUAUGCAUCCCUGUGACAACACCGGUAAGGUGGAGCCCGGUGGUCGCGGCCACACGGCGCUCCUCAGUGGCACCUUUUUGGGUGGCCAGACCUGCCUGGUGAAGGCACUGGUCGGCAUGGAUGCCGAGCGCGGCUGUGUGGCGCGGAUCUCCGCGCGCGCCAAGAGCGGCGACGUUUGCCAGGCGGUUGUCAACGCCCUCAUGUGA